AUGGAAGAGAUCAACACUGCCGAAACGUCGGCGCCCGUAGCAGAGGCAUACCCUGAGCGCGGCGUGAAAGCCUACAGCGUCAUCCUCGGCGCUUGGCUUGCCCUCUUUCCAGCUUCAGGACUACUUAACUCCACCGGCAUCUUCCAGGCGUACCUCGUCAAAAACCAGUUGAUAGGCUACAUAGAAAGCGAAGUCGGUUGGAUCUUCAGUACUUUUGCGUUCCUCUUCUUCUUUGGGGGUUUGCAAGUCGGACCCAUCUUCGACAAAUAUGGUCUUCGAAUAUUGUUGCCCACCGGAGCCGCCGGUUUCGUUGUUUCUCUGAUAUGCACAAGUUUCUGCAAAACAUACUACCAAUUUCUCCUCGCUUUCAGUAUCCUGGGCGGCACCGCCUCCUCCAUCCUAUGGACCUCCAGCAUUGCUACUUUAGGACACUGGUUCCAAUUGAAUCGCGGCCUCGCAACCGGCCUCGCAACGACUGCUGGCGGAUUCGGCGGCGUUAUCUACCCUUUGCUCUUCAACCAGCUCACUACCCAAAUUGGCUUCGCCUGGUCGAUCCGCUGCUUCGCCCUGCUCAGCGCAUUCUGCUUUCUCCUCAGCUUGUUGCUCCUGAAGACACGUCUCCCGCGAAACAGACAAGCACGCCUGAUCGUUGAUUGGCGCGGUUUCAAAGAUGUUCGUUUCGUACUCACCAUGUCCGCAAUCUUCAUCCUUGACUGGGCUGUCCUCGUUCCGCCCGCGUACAUCACGACUUACUCCAGUUCCCGCAACUUCAACAGCAUCUCUCCUCACAUUCUUGCCAUACUAAACGCCGCCUCAAUCUUCGGUCGCGGCAUUCCCGGCCCAGUCGCUGACAGACUUGGCCGUUUCAACAUCAUGAUCCUCUGCUCGGCUAUAUGUGCGCUUUCGAUUUUUGGGCUCUGGCUCAACGCUGGGUCAAGCGUUGUAGCGAUCGUCGCAUUCGCCAUCCUCUACGGAUUCUUUAGUGGCUCGGCGUACAGUCUGACACCGGUGUGUGUAGCGCAGUUGUGUCGGACAGAGGAUUAUGCGAGUCGCUAUGGGACGGCGUAUGGGGUCGUUAGCUUGGCGACAUUGGCCGGGAUACCGAUCUCGGGGAAUAUCCUGAGUGCGGGAAAGGGUGAGAACUACCAGGCGCUGAUACUUUUCUGUGGUGCAGCAUAUACAGGAAGUACAUGGUUGUUCCUCAUUGCAAGAGGAGUUGGUGGCGGUUGGAGGGUGCGGACAAAGUUUUAG